UGACGUCAAAACUAGGAAGCGCCAACACAGUCAGUUUUGAUCAGACGCUCUGUUCGGUGCAGUUGACCAGCUAUCGCUACCAUUUUUGUCUUUUUUGUGGAAAAAGAAAGCUGCGGAAUCAUACUUGGAUUAGUGGAGUACCAUUUUGUUUCGGACUACAACGAGCCGUUUGUUCUUCGUGGCCUUUCGGGUGGUAGAAUGCAUUACCAUCGUUUACGUUAGCUGGCUAGCUAACAAGCCAGCUAACUUAGCGUUGUUUUGAUUAUUUAUGUUAGCGUUGAAUCGGUGCUCUCUGGGCUUCAUUGUCCUUGGGAGGCGUCAGUGCUGUGAAAGAAAUUGUUUGUUGUAGUCUAUUCGGCUCGCUAAAUAAGUUUGUUAGUGAGACGUUAUAAAACAAAGGGCAUACAUGCUUUAAAUCUCGGUACAGUGUGUAUCAGCUAACAGCUAGCUAACGUUAAACGCAGUUGUCUGGCUACCACCGUCCUUUUCUUGGGACUGCCUGGUUUGUCCCUCCACCCGAACAGUCGACCUCUGACGGGCUCAAAGCUCCGUGUGAACCGGAACCAAUGCGUGGGAUGAUGGGGAGCCAGGGGAGCCCUGUCAAGAGUUACGAUUAUCUCCUCAAAUUCCUUUUGGUCGGAGACAGUGAUGUCGGAAAGGGUGAGAUCUUGGACAGCUUGCAAGACGGAUCAGUAGAGGCUCCCUACGCCUAUAGUAGUGGAAUUGAUUACAAGACCACCACAAUCCUUCUGGAUGGGAGGAGAGUGAAAUUAGAGUUGUGGGACACUUCGGGGCAAGGCCGAUUCUGCACAAUCUUUAGGUCUUACUCUCGUGGGGCACAGGGCAUCCUGCUUGUGUAUGACAUCACUAAUGGCUGGUCAUUUGAUGGCAUUGACCGAUGGAUCAGGGAAAUAGAUGAGCAUGCCCCAGGUGUGCCCAGGAUCCUAGUGGGUAACCGGCUUCACCUCGCCUUCAAACGACAGGUUCCGACAGAGCAGGCAAGGGCUUAUGCGGAGAAGAAUAGCAUGACUUUCUUUGAAGUCAGUCCGCUGUGCAACUUCAACGUCAUCGAAUCCUUCACAGAACUGUCCCGCAUUGUGCUGAUGAGGCACGGGAUGGAGAAAUUCUGGAGGCCCAACAGAGUCUUUAGCCUCCAAGACCUGUGCUGCCGUUCUAUUGUCUCCUGCACACCGGUGCACCUCAUUGACAAACUGCCCCUCCCCGUGGCCAUCAAGUCCCAUCUCAAGUCUUUCUCCAUGGCCAACGGCAUGAAUGCAGUCAUGAUGCAUGGACGCUCCUACUCAGUGGCCAACAGUGCGGCCGCAGGUGGUGCCAGCGGCAGCAGCAGCAAGGGCAAUAGCCUCAAGCGCUCAAAGUCCUUCAGGCCUCCACAGAGCCCCCCAAAGAACUCAUCCUCCUCCUCCAAAGGGAACUGUAAGAUAUCAUAGUGACACAAGUGAACAGUGGGUUGCCCUUAUGAGGCCAGAAUUAAUUUUAUUGUUGCUGCCAGAGGUCACCAGGCCAGAAAAGAGCAUGGAGAGCUACCCGCAGUCCUCAUCAGAAACGGAUACAGCUGUGUUUACACUGACCUCUGGGAAACAGACUUGGAUAGUUGAAUUGGGUUCUGCUCUCUUAGAGCUUGAUGGUGCCGUCUUGUGGAAGCUGGUUUGCCUGUACCACCACACCCACAGCUGCUCACUGUGAUCAAGGAAAACAAGACAUCCUUGGGACGAACAAAUACAAUUCAAGGUUUAUCACUCACCGUCAACACUACAAACGAGUGGAGCAGAGGGGACAUUAGUUAGCUUUUUGUGGAAAGGAUUGUUUAUUGAUAUUUAAAGUUGGACUUGCAAUUGUACAUAUAUGCUUGUUGUUAUGGCCUCUAUUCAGUGAUUGUUCUUCAAGGAGCUCUAUGUGCUUGUUUUGUCUUAAAUGUUUUGGGAGACUUGAUUUGUUUUGGAUUGUAUCUGUGUCUCUUGUACCCUUUAUUCUUCAAAAUUCUUGAGGUUAUUUGUUUUCAAAAUCUUCUUUGCAACCUCGUGGGUGCUGGGCUAUUUUAACUUAUUAUUUAAAGCUCAGUGUAUGCUAGUUUUAAAUAAAACUCAGAUUGGAUGUGACAAACAUGAUGACUCCUGCCAAGUUGGCUUGUAUUGAUGACGUGCUGUGAUACAAGAUUUCAGCCCAAAGGUUUUUAUUUUGCUGUUGAUCUCCAUCUGUCAUUGGUUCACACAGUAAAUUGACUUGCUUGUUGUAGAGUUUGGACCAAGUUUUAUUUACAUCAGACCAGAGGCUGGUAGGCUGUCUAUCCCUCUAAUUUUCCAAGUGGCAUAAUUGCUUCAGUAGAUUUCAUCUAAUCUGUUUUUCAGAUCUGUUAAAUGAGGCUCAGAGCAGUUUAGAGGCACUGGCUGCUGAUGGGGGAAAUUGUGAAAAUUCAAGCUUUUGUCUCAGAAAAGUUGUGUCUCGGUUCUUAUGAGGGAUUUAUAGCAUGGUAUGAUGUGCAUCCUGAACACUGGUAAACUUCCAAGCAACCUAGGGCUCAGUGAAAGGUGGUGGAGGGAACAGUUACUUUGAUUUAUGUUAGAAACAUCUUUAUGUAUAGGCUACCUGUUUGCUUAUGAAUGUAAAACAAUAUUAAUCGGUUCCUUUUUUUGUGGUCAUGUGUUACUUUAUUGUUACUUUAUUAGAAUCAGAGGUGGAAAGUAAUUGGCUGUAUUGAGUGGAUUUCAUAAUAAUACUUGUGGGUGUUUGUGAGUCUGCACAAGGCACAUAGGAAUAAGCUCAAUGAACAUUUACCUGAGAAAAGUAUUUUGGACUGACCACAACUGAUAUUAUGGUGAAAUGAGCUAAGCAGGAACCAUCCUCAAAAAUUGGGCUGACAAUAAUAAAAUAUUUUGCAACAUGCCAAAACAGAUAAACUGUUACUUGUAAGUGGAAGAUUUCAAAGAAAGGACACAAACUUUAAUUUGUCCACUUUUUUUGAGUCAUUCUUUCCACGGUGGAAUGAUUUAAAUCCUCACUCUUCUUUCCACCUCUGAUUAAAACGCACCGCAUUUCCACUUAAAACAUUCCCAAAAUGUUGCGGCAGUGUGUGUGAACAGAUACAGGGUGGAGUAAAAAAAAAAAUAGAUGCAUGUUUCCUGUUGGCGUGCCAGCUCAUGUGGUGUUUUGAAGCAACAAAGUGCAACAAAUGAACAAAUCUCG